ACUCGAAACACGGCAAAUGUACCGAAAUGAGUCAUCCUCCAGCAGAACAAACGGGCCGCAUAGACCUACUGAGACGAGAGUAUUUUCCUCCUUUCCAAGUGUGCAGCAAGCUGCGAUAGGGUUCCAAAUGCUCGACAACAGCGAGUUCUCUUCAGCUGAAAGUGUCUCUGUCUCGCUUGCAGUAAGGAGUGAGGACGACUGACGAAUGUGAGUAACAUCGUGCGCGACAAGAGGACUGUUGCGUCGCACCGAAGAAGGAGAACCUUCAGCGGCUUGAGGCGAACAGGGAAUUACUUUGAAACAAGACAUCUUUUGAGGGAUGUACCUUGAAUCGGUGAGGGUAUUCAAAUGAAGGGACUCUCGAAGUUGUAGGAAAGGGAAGAGGUGUGAGGAGCAUAAGACAGGAUUUCGGGUCCUACUUAUGUUUUUCGUGGGCCUUGGUUUGGUCUUGAGUCAUAUUACAAGCAGUAUUUGGUGACGAAUGGCUCGUGAGUCAUACUGGAGGCUGGCAAUAUUGCAG